AUGCACCAACAGGAGGUUCAGUGCCUGGUAAACCACACCACUCUGAGCCAGCAGAGGGUCAUUCCCUAUGAGCUAGAUGUACACUGUGAGUAUUCUCAAUGACAACAGCCACAGUGCUUUUACUCAAUAUUAGACACAACAGUAACAGCACAUAAAUAUUGUGGUACAACUUUUUGCCAAUUCUACAGAUCCUCCAAAUUCGGUCAAAUUCAUCCUUCAUGAGAGAGCACCCCAGGUACUGGCGUUUCAGUGUGUAGUAGAUGCCAACCCCACUCCAACAGAGUUCACAUGGAAGAGGUCAGUUGUUCACAUUCUUGUUAAUGAUGAGUAUUUAAUUUCCCCCAACCCAUUUUCUAAGAAUCAUUGUCUACGUCUAUGUUUUGCUAUGUGUCUACAUUUGUCUUAUAGACUGAAUAGAUCAAAUCUCAGCGAGACUGGGGGCUUGUUGGAGUUAGAGAAGGUGGGCUCUGACUUCAGUGGUCUGUACAGCUGUGAGGUGUCCAACCCAUACGGAGCAGCAUCUGGUUUCCUGUAUGUGCAUAAAGGUAAUGAUGUAGGUAGCCAUCUUGACAUUGAAUUAAUUAAUUUGAGUCGUACAUUCUACAGAACUUGAACAUACACUGACUGUACAAAACAUUAGGAACACCUCCUUAAUAUUGAGUUGCACCCCAUUUUGCACCCCAUUUUGCCCUCAAUUUGUCAGGGCAUGGACUCUACAAGGUGUCGAAAGCAUUCCACAGGGAUGCUGGCUCAUGUUGACUCCAAUGCUUCCCACAGUUGUGUCAAGUUGGCUGGAUGUCCUUUGGGUGGUGGACCAUUCUUGGUGCACAUGGGAAACUGUUGAGCGUGAAAAACCCAGCAGCAUUGCAGUUCUUGACACACUCAAACCGGUGCGCCUGGCAGCUACUACCAUAUCCCGUUUUAAAGUUACUUAAAUAUUUUGUCUUGCCCAUUCACCCUCUGAAUGGCACACAUACACAAUCCAUGUCCCAAUUGUCUCAAGGCUUAGAAAUUCCUUCUUUAACCUGUCUCCUCCCCUUCAUCUACACUGAUUUAAGUGGAUUUAACAAGUGACAUCAAUAAGGGAUCAUAGCUUUCACCUGGUUAGUCUAUGUAAUGGAAAGAGCAGGUGUUCCUAAUGUUUUGUACACUCAGUGUAUAUCCCCAGCUCUGUUUUCAACACAAAGGUAUGUUCCAUUAUUGUUACUUAUAAUAUUUAAGAAAGGGUAGAUUGUUGGAAAGUAAAGGUUCAGUUUUUCCUAUUUGCAGUUGAUCAGCGCUCCAUUGCACCAGUAGCCUUGUGGGUUUUCCUCCCCAUCCUCCUCCUCCUCCUCCUCUGCGUUGUAGCUGUAUCUCUCUGGCUAUUAUUUUCCAGAGGACCCCUGAGAGAGAGGUAACAUUGUACAACUUCAGGACAAACAGUGUACACACACCUUUAUUGACAAGUAUCAUUAUGUGCUGCUGCUGUGUCUAAAAUUAUAUUUACAGUGCCUUCAGAAAGUAUUCAAAAAAGCAGACAUUGAAUAUCCCUUUGAGCAUGGUGGUUAUUAAUUACACUGUAUGAAUACACCCAGUCACUACAAAGGUGUGGGUGUCCUUCCUAACUCAGUUGCCAGAGAGGAAGGACUCUGCUCAGGGAUUUCACCAUGCCAAUCGUGACUUUAAAACAGUUACAGUUUAAUUGCUGUGAUGGGAGAAAAUGAGGAUGGAUGAACAACAUUGUAGUUACUCCACAAUACUAAUCUAAUUGACAGAGUGAAAAUAAGAAAGCCUGCAUAGAAUAAAUGCAUCCUGUUUGCAACAAGGCACUAAAGUAAUACUACAAAAAUACAAAGUGUUAUGUUUGGGUCAAAUCCAAUACAACACAUUACUGAGUAUCACUCUCCAUAUUUUCAAGCAUAGUAGUGGCUGCAUCAUGUUAUGGGUAUGUUUGUAAUCGUUAAGGACUGGGGAGUUUUUCAACAAAACAAAAAAACGGAAUGGAGCUAAUCACAGGCACAAUCCUAAAGGAAAACCUGGUUCAGUCUACUUUUCACCAAACACUGGGAGAUGAGUUCACCUUUCAGCAGGACAGUAACCUAAAACCCAAGGCCAAAUCUACACUGGAGUUGAUUACCAAGAAGACAGUGAAUGUGGCCGGGUUACAGUUUUGACUAGCAAUGAUCAACAGCCAAUUUGACAGAGCUUGAAGAAUUUUGAAAAAAAUGAUGGACAAAUGAACCCAUUUUUUUUAUUUUAUUUUUAUUUCACCUUUAUUUAACCAGGUAAGCCAGUUGAGAAUAAGUUCUCAUUUACAACUGCGACCUGGCCAAGAUAAAGCAAAGCAGUGCGAUUAAAAACAACAACAACACAGUUACAUAUGGAAUAAACAAAAACGUACAGUCAAUAACACAAUAGAAAAUCUAUAUACAGUGUGUGCAAAUGUAGUAAGUUAUGGAGGUAAGGCAAUAAAUAGGCCAUAGUGCAAAAUAAUUACAAUUUAGUGUUAACACUGGAGUGAUAGAUCUGCAGAAGAUGAUGUGCAAAUAGAGAUACUGGGGUGCAAAUGAGCAAAAUAAAUAACAAUGUAAAUAACAAUAUGGGGAUGAGGUAGUUGGGUGGGCUAAUUACAGAUGGGCUGUGUACAGGUGCAGUGAUCGCUAAGCUGCUCUGACAACUGAUGCUUAAAGUUAGUGAGGGAGAUAAGAGUCUCCAGCUUCAGAGAUUUUUGCAGUUCGUUCCAGUCAUUUGCAGCAGAGAACUGGAAGGAAUGGCGGCCAAAGGAGGUGUUGGCUUUGGGGAUGACCAGUGAGAUAUACCUGAUGGAACGCAUACCACGGGUGGGUGUUGCUAUGGUGACCAAUGAGCUAAGAUAAGGCGGGGAUUUGCCUAGAAGUGAUUUAUAGAUGACCUGGAGCCAGUGGGUUUGGCGACUAAUAUGUAGUGAGGGCCAGCCAACGAGAGCGUACAGGUCACAAUGGUGGGUAGUAUAUGGGGCUUUGGUGACAUAACGGAUGGCACUGUGAUAGACUACAUCCAAUUUGCUGAGUAGAGUGUUGUAAUGUAUUUUGUAAAUGACAUCGCCGAAGUCAAGGGUCGGUAGGAUAGUCAGUUUUACGAGGGCAUGUUUAGCAGCAUGAGUGAAGGAGGCUUUGUUGCGAAAUAGGAAGUCGAUUCUAGAUUUAACUUUGGAUUGGAGAUGCUUAAUGUGAGUCUGGAAAGAGAGUUUACGGUCUAACCAGACACCUAGGUAUUUGUAGUUGUCCACAUAUUCUAAGUCAGACCCGCCGAGAGUAGUGAUUCUAGUCGGGCGGGCGGGUGCAAGCAGCGUUCGAUUGAAGAGCAUGCAUUUAGUUUUACUAGCGUUUAAGAGCAGUUGGAGGCUACGGAAGGAGUGUUGUAUGGCAUUGAAGCUUGUUUGGAGGUUUGUUAACACAGUGUCUAAUGAAGGGCCAGAUGUAUACAAAAUGGUGUCGUCUGCGUAGAGGUGGAUCUGAGAGUCACCAGCAGCAAGAGCGACAUCAUUGAUAUACACAGAGAAUAGAGUCGGCCCGAGAAUUGAACCCUGUGGCACUCCCAUAGAGACUGCCAGAGGUCCAGACAACAGGCCCUCCGAUUUGACACAUUGGCAAGUUGCAGUGGAGAGUGCAGUGGCAAGUUGCUUUGGAGAGUGCAGAGCUGGUGGCCGGGGUAGGGGUAGCCAGGUGGAAAGCAUGGCCAGCCGUAGCAAAAUGCUUAUUGAAAUUCUCGAUUAUCGUAGAUUUAUCGGUGGUUACAGUGUUUCCUAGCCUCAGUGCAGUGGGCAGCUGGGAGGAGGUGCUCUUAUUCUCCAUGGACUUUACAGUGUCCCAAAACCUUUUGGAGUUAGUGCUACAGAAUGCACAUUUCUGUUUGAAAAAGAUAGCCUUUGUUUUCCUAACUGAUUGUGUAUAUUGGUUCCUGACUUCCCUGAAAAGUUGCAUAUCGCGGGGGCUGUUUGAUGCUAAUGCAGUACGCCACAGGAUGUUUUUGUGCUGGUCAAGGGCAGUCAAGUCUGGGGUGAACCAGGGGCUAUAUCUGUUCUUAGUUCUGACUUUUUUGAAUGGGGCAUGCUUAUUUAAGAUGGAGAGGAAAGCACUUUUAAAGAACAUCCAGGCAUCCUCUACUGACGGAAUGAGGUCAAUAUCCAUCCAGGAUACCUGGGCCAGGUCAAUUACAAAGGCCUGCUCGCUGAAGUGUUUUAGGGAGCGUUUGACAGUGAUGAGGGGUGGUCGUUUGACCGCGGACCCAUUACGGACACAGGCAAUGAGGCAAUGAUCGUUGAGAUCCUGGUUGAAGACAGCGGAGGUGUAUUUAGAGGGUAAAUUAGUCAGGAUGAUAUCUAUGAGGGUGCCCAUUUUACGGAUUUAGGGUUGUACCUGGUAGGUUCCUUGAUAAUUUGUGUGAGAUUGCGGGCAUCUAGUUUAAAUUGUAGGACGGCUGGGGUGUUUAGCAUAUCCCAGUUUAGGUCACCAAGCAGUACGAACUCUGAGGAUAGAUGGGGGGCAAGCAAUUCACAUAUGGUGUCCAGGGCACAGCUCGGGGCUGAGGGGGGUCUGUAGCAAGCGGCAACAGUGAGAGACUUAUUUCUGGAAAGGUGGAUUUUUAGAAGUAGAAGCUCUGUUUGGGCACAGACCUGGAUAGUAUGAUAGAGCUCUGCAGGCUAUCUCUACAGUAGAUUGCAACUCCGCCCCCUUUGGCAGUUCUAUCUAGAUGAAAAAUGUUGUAGUCCGGGAUGGAAAUGUCUGAAUUAUUGGUGGCCUUCCUAAGCCAGGAUUCAGACACUGCCAGAACAUCAGGAGUGUGCUAACGCAGUGUGCUAACGCAGUGAAUAACUCAAACUUAGGGAGGAGGCUUCUGAUGUUAACUUGCAAGAAACCAAAGCUUUUACGGUUACAGAAGUCAACAAAUGAUAGUGCCUGGGGAUUAGGAGUGAUACUGGGGGCUACAGGGCCUGGGUUAACCUCUACAUCACCAGAGGAACAGAGGAGGAAUAGAAUAAGGAUACGGCUAAAGGCUUUAAGAACUGGUCUUCUAGUGCGUUGGGUACAGAGAAGAAAAGGGGCAGAUUUCCGGGAGUUGUAGAAUAGAUUCAGGGCAUUAUGUACAGACAAGGAUAUGGAAGGAUAUGAGUACAGUGGAGGUACACCUAAGCAUUUGGUAACGAUGAAAGAGAGCAUCACUGGAGGCACCGAUUGAGCCGGUCUCCGCGUGUGUGGGGUGUGGGACAAAGGAGCUGUCUGAGGCAGGUUGAGCGGGACUGGGAGUUCUACAUUGAAAUUGUACAAUAAGAACUAACCCAAACAGCAAUAGGCAAGGCAGAUUGGCGACGAAAGUUUGGGCUGAGGCUAAACAGAUAAACAGGAUGGGCUAUCUUGUAAAGGAACUGUCCAGCAGGCAUCAGCUGUGUAGCUGAGUUAUCAUAAAGGUCCAGUGAACAGCAAUAGGUGAGUCCGGGAGCAGUUUGUAGGCUGCUACAGCACAGGCGAGCAGGAGGCACGGCUGUUGAUUGCGUGUGCUAGCGGGCCGGGGCUAGCAGAUGGAUCUUCGUGGUCGUCGCAACGGGAAGCCUGAUGAAACCACAUCAGACGAUUACGUCGGCAGACCAGUCGUGAUGGAUCGGCGGGGCUUUGUGUCGACACUAGGAGGUCCCGUCCGGUUGACAGAGAGGUAGAUAGCUGGGAGAUGGGCCUGGCUCGAGGCUAGCUCAAGGCUAACUGGUGUGUCGGGACAGUGGUGAUUAGCCAACAACAGCCAUUCGGUUGCAGCUAGCUAGUUGCGAUGAUCCGGUUUUAAGGACCAGUGAUUCCGGCAGAAAAUCUCAUAUGCUCUGGGUCGAUAGCAUGCUGUGCAGACCAUAAAGACUCACGGCUGUAAUCGCUGCCAAAGGUGCUUCUACAAAGUAUUGAUUCAGGGGUGUGAAUACUUAUUUAAAUGAGAGAUUUCUGUAUUUCAUUUUCAAUAGAUUUGCAAAAAUUUCUACUAAUAUGUUUUCAAUUUGUCAUAAUGGGGUAUUGUGUAUAGAUGGGUGAUACAAAAAUCUAUUGAAUCCAUUUUGAAUUCAGGCUGUAACAAAACAAAAUGUGGAAUAAGUCAAGGGGUAUGAAUACUUUCUGAAGGCACUAUGUAUUUUUCUGCAGAGCCAUGGCACUGUUUUUUUGUAGAGGAGAGACCAGCCAAAACCAAGGAAAGGUAAGCCGUAAAGAACUCCAGGAUUCUCCAGCUUCUGAGUCCGUUGAGGUUGAGAAACAGAAAGGUGCAGUUUGAUAAGGUUUAUGUUGACUGGAUAACAUGAGGGGUUUCUCGAUGUUAAAAACAGGGCCAUGUAUUUUCUGUGCUCUUGCAAUUUCUAUGUUUACAUGUUCUAACUAGCAUCUAAACUGUUUAGAAUUCCACAGCACACUACAGUACACAAGUGUGAAGGUGAUUUCUAUGGGGCGUUAUAUGUUUUUCUAUGGGGCGUUAUAUGUUUUUCUAUGGUCUUGACUGUUUAUGUUAACAUUUUCAGACAGUUUUGUUAAAGACUUGUUUGUAAUGGUAAAACUGUACCUCGACAUCUGAGUUUGUAUUAGGCAUAAGAGGAUACAGCAUUAAUCAUUUGAAUGAUAAAAAUUCCUCAAGCAAGUUUAAGUAUCACUGUAUUUGUGUAGGAUUAUUAUGUCAUACAAUAUUAUGUUGGAAUGUAGCAAUUCCUUUUGUAUUAAAUAGCUACAUGGUUUGACCAUUUGAGGGCACCAUUUCCUUCAUUUCUAGUGCAAAGGAUUUUUUGCAUUGACCCGUUGGAACUGUAGUAUAUAGUAUACCGUAUGUGCUUGUGGCAAUAUUACUGGCUUAAGUCUGACAGAUCUAUGCAACAAUCUUAAAUGGGAACUAUUUAAAACACGAGCUCAAAAAAACAUUUUCUUCCCAUCUCCAAAUAUAAUUUCAUUAGAGGCUGGCAAAGAACUACUCUGGAGUGCCUUACAAAAUAGAUAAUAAUAAUCUGUUUUAAGCUCCUAAUUUGAAUAGCAACAAUACUGUAACACAUAACUAACAAUACUGUCAAUUAAAAGACACAUUUCACUAGUCUUAAUACUAAAGAGUGGGGAGGCAGUAGUGUGGCUAUUUAUAGCCUAGUCCUGGUCAAUUGUGCCUCUCCUUGCUCCUAUUGAUAGAGACAGUUGUCCCUUGCCAUCAGUGACCAAAAGGCUUGAUUUUUAAACCAGACCACCACCUGCUACUCACAAUUGACCAAUCAGCAGGGUUGAAGUUUGGUAAAUUUUUUCUUUGGGAUGGAGGGUUCCUCUUUUAUUCACUGAAAUGUGUCAAUUGGAAAAUAGUUAGGUAUGGAGGACUGAAGGGCUUUAGUCCACAAACGGUUGAAAUGUUCUCUCAACCCAUUUAAACUGAAAUCUGUGUUGCACAGGAUGCUUGUUCUGAUGCUAUUGCUAUUUUAAUAUGAGGCUCCGUACUGGCCUUAAUAAUUCUGUGACUCUUAGUUGUAGGUACUGGCUGGCAAUCUUCAGGGGUGAGUCUUAGGCUGUGGAGUGCAGGGACACUUUCGAAAUCCUUCCAUUCUCUGUCGCCAAGUCCAAGGCCUGUACUCUGACAUUUUGCUGUCCCCUUUUGAGGAAAAGGCUACAUAUUCACUAAGGAGCAAUCUCCCACGGCACAAUGGUUUAUUGGAAUUCUCAGUGUUCAUGGGGGACACCCGUGGACAACGCACAGCACCUGUCUGUCCCUGUCAAUUAUCCCAUACCACAUUUGUCCUUUUGCACUCCUAACUCAAGGGCUGGAUAUUUAAGUGCUGAACACUAUAUAUUCUAUUGUUGCCAUCAGUGCCCGAGAAGUAAACAUUGAGAAAGCAAUUCCUUUGUAAUCCAUUCAACGCUGAAAGCUGGCGUCUUCCAUUGCAAGAAUGUUUUAAUUACAUUCUGAAGUGGAGACGAGGCAGUGUUUAGGAAUUGUUGUUGUUGGAAGUUGUAUUUUUAGGGCCCCUCUUUCCUUGACAGGUGUUUUUGACAGCACUCAAGGAUGAUCAGUUGAAAGCUUGCGCUCAACUAGUAUUUACUAUGGGAGGGUAGUCUUUGGCUGGCAAACUGGAAGAUGUUUAUUUAAAAAAAUUCAGAGUGCAUUUCAUUGACAGUGGUCAAGCAUUUCUUUAUAGUUUUUGUUAUUUAUUUAAAUGUAUUUUAAGGGCAAAUUGAUACAAUAUAUGAGGAUUAGCAGUGUGUCGAUGUACAAAGACAGAGAUACUAAUUUGAAGUGUCAAUUAGCAAAGUCAACAUAUUUCAAAUAGUUGUAGGAAGGACUUAAAUCUUCAGGAAAUAUGAAAAGAUUAUACACAGCUUUGGUGUUCUUCCAAAGGAUAUUUUAUAUAUUGUAAUGAUGUGCUUUGCUCUUGGAUGUGCUCAUCUGUAAGCUCUGUAAGUCAUAGUGGAAAAAUUAGUUUUCUAGAUUAAUGUACUUCAGUCAAGAUGAGGUGGUUAUGACGUAAUGUCAUAAGUGAGGUGCCCCAAUUACGUUGUCUGGUGUUCGGAUUCUAACAAUGAAGUGCUACUUUAACUGGCAACAAGCAUUUCAAUGGUCUACAAUGAAGGAAAAAAGUAUUUGAUCCCCUGCUGAUUUUGUAUGUUUGCCCACUGACAAAGAAAUGAUCAGUCUAUCAUUUUAAUGGUAGGUUUAUUUGAACAGUGAGAGACAGAAUAACAACAACAAAAUCCAGAAAAACGCAUGUCAAAAGUGUUAUAAAUUGAUUUGCAUUUUAAUGAGGGAAAUAAGUAUUUGACCCCCUCUCAAUCAGAAAAAUUUCUGGCUCCCAGGUGUCUUUUAUACAGGUAACGAGCUGAGAUUAGGAGCACACUCUUAAAGGGAGUGCUCCUAAUCUCAGUUCGUUACCUGUAUAAAAGACACCUGUCCACAGAAGCAAUCAAUCAAUCAGAUUCCAAACUCUCUACCAUGGCCAAGAGCUCUCCAAGUAUGCCAUCGCCAAGCAGCUUGGUGAGAAGGUGACAACAGUUGGUGCGAUUAUUUGCAAAUGGAAGAAACACAAAAGAACGGUCAAUCUCCCUGGGCCUGGGGCUCCAUGCAAGAUCUCACCUCGUGGAGUUGCAAUGAUCAUGAGAGCGGUGAGGAAUCAGCCCAGAACUACACGGGAGGAUCUUGUCAAUGAUCUCAAGGCAGCUGGGACCAUAGUCACCAAGAAAACAAUUGGUAACACACUACGCCGUGAAGGACUGAAAUCCUGCAGCGCCCGCAAGGUCCCCCUGCUCAAGAAAGCACAUAUACAGGGCCGUCUGAAGUUUGCCAAUGAACAUCUGAACGAUUCAGAGGAGAACUGGGUGAAAGCGUUGUGGUCAGAUGAGACCAAAAUGGAGCUCUUUGGCAUCAACUCAACUCGCCGUGUUUGGAGGAGGAGGAAUGCUGCCUAUGACCCAAGAACACCAUCCCCACCGUCAAACAUGGAGGUGGAAACAUUAUGCUUUGGGGGUGUUUUUCUGCUAAGGAGACAGGACAACUUCACCGCAUCAAAGGGACGAUGGACGGGGCCAUGUACCGUCAAAUCUUGGGUGAGAACCUCCUUCCCUCAGCCAGGGCAUUGAAAAUGGGUCGUGGAUGGGUAUUUCAGCAUGACAAUGACCCAAAACAAAUUGCCAAGGCAACAAAGGUGUGGCUCAAGAAGAGGCACAUUAAGGUCCUGGAGUGGCCUAGCCAGUCUCCAGACCUUAAUCCCAUAGAAAAUCUGUGGAGGGAGCUGAAGGUUCGAGUUGCCAAACAUCAGGCUCGAAACCUUAAUGACUUGGAGAAGAUCUGCAAAAAGGAGUGGGACAAAAUCCCUCCUGAGAUGUGUGCAAACCUGGUGGCCAACUACAAGAAACGUCUGACCUCUGUGAUUGCCAACAAGGGUUUUGCCACCAAGUACUAAGUCAUGUUGUGCAGAGGGGUCAAAUACUUAUUUCCCUCAUUAAAAUGCAAAUCAAUUUAUAACAUUUUUGACAUGCGUUUUUCUGGAUUUGUUUGUUGUUAUUCUGUCUCCCACUGUUCAAAUAAACCUACCAUUAAAAUGAUAGACUGAUCAUGUCUUUGUCAGUGGGCAAACGUACAAAAUCAGCAGGGGAUCAAAUACUUUUUUCCCUCACUGUAUCUUUGGUGGAUGACCCAAAUAUGUGCUUGAUGACAGCUUUGCACACUCUUGGCAUUCUCUCAACCAGCUUCAUGAGGUAGUCACCUGGAAUGCAUUUCAAUUAACAGGUGUGCCUUGUUAAAAGUUCUUUUGUGGAAUUUCUUUCCUUCUUAAUGCGUUUGAGCCAAUCAGUUGUGUUGUGACAAGGUAGGGGUGGUAUACAGAAGAUAGCCCUAUUUGGUAAAAGACGAAGUCCAUAUUAUGGCAAGAACAGCUCAAAUAAGCAAAGAGAAAUGACAGUACAUCAUUAUUUAAAUCUGGAAUAUUUCAAUAACUUUUAAAGUUUCUUCAAGUGCAGUCGCAAAAAAACAUCAAGCGCUAUGAUGAAACGCCACAGGAAAGGAAGACCCAGAGUUACCUCUGCUGCAGAGGAUAAGUUCAUUAGAGUUACCGGCCUCAGAAAUUGCAGCCCAAAUAAAUGCUUCACAGAAUUCAAGUAACAGACACAUCCCAACAUCAACUGUUCAGAGGAGACUGCGUGAAUCAGGCCUUCAUGGUCGAAUUGCUGAAAAGAAACCACUACUAUAGGACAGUAAUAAGAAGAAGAGGCUUGCUUGGGCCAAGAAACACAAGCAAUACCAUUAGACCGGUGGAAAUCUGUCCUUUCGUCUGAUGAGUCCAAAUUUGAGAUUUUUGGUUCCAACCGACGUGACUUUGUGAGACGCAGAGUAGGUGAACGGAUGAUCUACGCAUGUGUGGUUCCCACCGUGAAGCAUGGAGGUGUGAUGGUGUGGGGGUGCUUUGCUGGUGACACUGUCUGUGAUUUAUUUAGAAUUCAAGGCACACUUAACCAGCAUGGCUACCACAGCAUUCUGCAGCGAUACGCCAUCCCAUCUGGUUUGCGCUUAGUGGCACUAUCAUUUGUUUUUACAACAGGACAAUGACCCAACAUACCUCCAGGCUGUGUAAGGGCUAUUUGACCAAGAAGGAGAGUGAUGGAGUGCUGCAUCAGAUGAGGCCUCCACAACCCCCCGACCUCAAGUUCGAUUCCCACGGGGGGCCAGUAUGAAAAUAAAUAAAUAAUAAUAAUAAUAAUGUAUGCACUCACUAACUGUAAGUUGCUCUGGAUAAGAGCAUCUGCUAAAUGACUGAAAUGUAAAUGUAAAACCCUUGAAUGAGUAGGUGUGUCCAAACUUUUGACUGACACUGUAUAUUUAUAGAUAUAGUGACUAUUCAUUAUAUAUUUAUUGAUAUAGUGACCAUUCAUUAUGUUUAUUGAUAUAGUGACCAUUCAUUAUAUAUUUAUUGAUAUAGUGACCAUUCAUUAUGUUUAUUGAUAUAGUGACCAUUCAUUAUAUAUUUAUUGAUAUAGUGACCAUUCAUUAUAUAUUUAUUGAUAUAGUGACCAUUCAUUAUAUAUUUAUUUAUAUAGUGACUAUUCAUGAUAUAUUUAUUGAUAUAGUGACCAUUAUAUAUUUAUUGAUAUAGUGACCAUUCAUUAUAUAUUUAUUUAUAUAGUGACCAUUAUAUAUUUAUUGAUAGUGACCAUUCCACCAUUUAAAAUAUUAUUCUUCACUCUUCUAAACUCAAAUUAGGACACUUAAUCUCUUAGAUUAUUUGAUCACUGUGAUUUUUUUUUAUGGGUGUAUUUACCAUGUACUUUUUCUCCAUCUUGAUGACCAAGUGUAUAAAUAACCUCAUAGUAUAUGAGUAAGAACUUCACUUGAUGCCUCCAACAAUCAUGCUGUGAGCAUGAGGCAUACAUUUGAUUUUGGGCUUGAAGGAGAGCACAGGUUUGAGUGGCAUCUGAGUGCAUCUGUUGUGCGUCUGAAAUAGGGCACUUAGAAAGGAAUGAUGGGGAGAGUCUGGGGUCGGGGUUCAGGGGAGGGGGCAGACUUGUUGAAGGAGAAAAUAGACUCCAUUCCAUCUGUCUGAACAUCUCUGCUAGACAAUGGGGUUUGGUCACAUGAUCAGGGUAAACCUUUUAAAGAGCCCAAGCAGCCGCGCCAGAAAGUUCACUUCACUUUGCCUCUUGACUGUUGGGAUACCAGCUGGUCUCUGUGUGUGUCUCUCCGCAGUUCUUUCUUCCUUGACUUCAGAGGCAGGCUUAACAUCAUGUCUGACACAGAGGAUAUUGUGGAGGAAUACGAGCAGGAGGAGGAGGAGGAGGAGGAGGUGAACGAGGAGGAGGAAGUAGAGGAGGCACCUGAGGUGGAAGAGGAGGCUGAAGAAGAGCAGGAGGAGGACGAGGAGGAUGAGGAGGAGAGGGAACACGUGGAGGGGAGCGAGGGGGAGAACAAGCCACGGACCAAGUACAUUACCAACAUCGCUCCUCCCAAGCUGCCCGACGGCGAGAAGGUAGACUUUGAUGACCUCCACCGCAAGAGGCUGGAGAAGGACUUCAAUGACCUGCAGAGCCUGAUCGAGAUGCACUUCUCCAGCCGCCAGAAAGAGGAGGAGGAGCUUGUGGCCCUCCGCAACCGCAUCGAGUGCCGCCGUGCCGACCGUGCCGAGCAGCAGCGUGUGCGCACCGAGCAGAACAUUGAGCGCCAGGCCCGUCUUGCUGAGGAGCGGACCCGCCGGGAAGAGGAGGCCAAGCUCCGCGCCGAGGAGGAUGCCAGGAAGAAGAAGGUCUUCUCCAACAAGGCGUUCGGCGGCUACAUACAGAAGGGGGACGUGAAGAAGUGCAAGAAGCUGACGGGGCGCGAGAAGAAAACCAAGGCUCUGUUGGAACGCCGCAAGCCCCUCAACAUCGACCACCUCAACCAGGAGAGGCUGGCGGAGAAGUCCCGUGAGCUCUGGCAGUGGCUGCGCCAGCUGCACGCUGAGAAGUUUGACCUGGCCGAGAAGCUGAAGAGGCAGAAGUACGACGUGAACGUGCUGCGGAACCGCGUCAGCGACCACCAGAGGGGCUCCAAGGUGGCCAAGGCAACCCGCGGGGCGAAGAAGUUACGUUAG